AUGGCUUAUAGAAGAAAUAUGACAUUAGAAGAAGCUCAUAAUGCUAGGAGAGAUAGGCAGAUUGAAGAUCUACAAGAAACACUUGGUAGGGUUGUUAAUUCGUUAGAAGAUGGUGGUUUAAGGUUCAAUAGGGAACAUGUUGUAGGUGAAAGGGAUGAUGAAUCUCCAGAUCCUAGUGAUAGUUGUGAUAGUAUUCAUAGAUCCUCUAGUGAUUCUGAUGAUGGGUCUAAUCAGUGUAGAAGAAGGCAUAGGAGACAUAAGGAUGAUACUAAAGAUAUUAAAAUAGAUCCACCAGAUUUUAUUGGUUCUUCAAAUCCUGAAGAUUAUUUUGAAUGGGUUCAGGUGAUGGAUAGAAUAAUGGAGAUAAAAGAGUAUGAUGAUAAGAAAAGUUUUAAGGUUGCCAUUAUUAGGUUGAAAAAGUAUGCUUCAUCCUGGUAUGAUCAUAUGAAAGAUGAAAGAAAUUAUAAAGGAAAAAGCAUAAUCAAGACCUGGUCCAAGCUGAAAGAAGUUAUGCAGAAGAGAUUUGUUCCUCAGUUGUACAAGGAAGAUCAGUAUCUUCUGAUGAAUAAUCUGAAGCAAGGUACAAAAGAGGUUGUGGAAUGUAUUAGAGAAUUCCAGCAAUUGAAGACUCGAACUGGUGUGAAAGAAACUGAAGAGCAUACUAUCGCCAAAUUCAUUGGUGGGUUGAAUGCUACCAUUUCAGAAAAGAUAGAGUUGCAGCCCAUCUGGACGCACGAAGGAGCUUGCAAAUUGGCUCUCCAGAUUGAGAAGCAACUGAAGAAGAAAAUCCAGUACAAACCUUUCACUAAGGCACAGUGCCUUAACCAGAGAGCACUCACCGUUAAGGAGAUUGAAAGCUUACCAGAUGUUGACACUGAAGAAGGUGAACCAGUGUAUAAUGAUGAUGAAAAUGAAGAAACAUAUGUGGGUGCAGAUAUUGGAGAAAUGUUGGUCGUGAGAAGAGUGAUGCAUGUGAAUGAAGUUAUAACUGAUGUCGCCCAGAGAGAGAAUAUUUUCCAUUCCAGAUGUACUGUUAAAGGCAAGGUGUGUGAUCUGAUCAUCGAUGGUGGGAGUUGUGCUAAUGCUGCUUCUACUUAUAUGGUAGAGAAACUGGAGUUGCCAACUGUAAAGCAUCCUCGUCCAUACAAGUUGCAAUGGCUAAGUGAAGGAUCUGAGAGCGUACUGGAGAAAAGGAGCUCACUGGAGUCCCCCAGUCUCCUGAAAUCUUUACUGAAGGAAUUCACUGAUGUUUUCCUAGAAGACCUACUUGAAGGUUUGCCACCAGUAAGAGGUAUUGAACACCAGAUUGACCUGGUUCCAGGGUCAGUUCUUCCAAACAAAGCUACUUACAGAUGUUCACCAACUGAAGCAAAAGAAUUGCAAAGACAAGUAGAUGAGUUGGUUGCCAAAGGUUAUGUGAGAGCCAGUAUGAGUCCUUGCUCAGUUCCAGCUCUCCUGGUCCCAAAAAACGAUGGUUCGAUGAGAAUUACUUUCAUGAGACUGAUGAAUGAAGUUCUCAGAGCACUUAUUGGUCAGUUUGUUGUUGUUUACUUUGAUGAUAUUCUGGUAUAUUCAAAAUCUGAAGCUGAACAUGUUCAUCAUCUGAGAAGUAUGUUUGAUUUACUGAGAAAACACCAAUUGCAUGGUAAACUGGAGAACUGUGAUUUUAUGGUAGAAAGUGUAAUCUUUCUUGGUUAUGUGGUGUUGAAAGAAGUUAUCUCCAUGGAUCCUUCAAAGGUGGAAGCCAUCAAAUCAUGGACAGUUCCUACUACACUCACUGAAGUAAGAAGUUUUCAUGGACUAGCAUCUUUUAAUAGAAGGUUUAUCAAGAAUUUCUCUACAAUAGUGGCUCCAAUCACUGACUGUCUGAAGAAAGGUGUAUUUGAUUGGCAAAGCUUAGCCCAGUUAGCAUUUGAAUCACUGAAGGAAAAGCUCAGCUCAGCCCAUUUUGUUUUAUUUUCUGACCACGAAACACUGAAGUUCAUUAAUGGUCAACACAAGCUUAAUGCCAGACAUGCAAAAUGGGUGGAAUUUUUGCAAUCUUAUUCAUUUGUUUCAAAACAUAAGGCUAGAGUGGCUAAUGUUAUUGCUGAUGCACUCUCCAGACGAUACUCAUUGUUAUCCAUUCUGGAAGCAAGAGUUCUUGGAUUUUCUUUCAACAAUGAAGCUCACCAGAAAGGACCAUUUAUUGUUCAAGAUGGUUUCUUAUUCAAAAAUGGUAAAUUAUGUAUUCCAAGGGGUUCUAUUCGUGAUCUAUUGAUAAGGGAAGCACAUGGAGGAGGUUUGGCUGGCCAUUUUGGCAUUAACAAGACUGGAGAGAUCCUCACUCAACACUUCUAUUGGCCAAGCUUACUGAAGGAUGUUCAGAAUAUUAUCAGUCGCUGUCCAACUUGUCACCAGGCGAAGGCCACAGUUCCAAAUCAACCAUGGGAAGAUCUUAGCAUGGAUUUUAUUGUUGCACUGCCCAGGACUCAAAGGGGAAAAGAUUCAAUAAUGGUAGUUGUUGACCGUUUUUCGAAAAUGGCUCAUUUUACUCCUUGCCAUACUACAAAUGAUGCUUCAGCAGUGGCAAAUUUAUUUUUCAAGGAAAUUGUUCGCUUGCAUGGGAUUCCAAAGACAAUUAUGUCAGAUAGAGAUGUGAAAUUUUUAAGUUAUUUCAGGAAGACAUUAUGGAGAUUGAUGGGUACCAGGUUAAUGUUCAGUACAUCUCAUCACCCUCAAACUAAUGGGCAAACUGAAGUUACAAAUAGAACAAUUGGUAUUUUGUUGAAAACACUGGUGAAGAAGACGUUGAAAGAUUGGGAUCUGAAGUUACCUCAUGCUGAGUUUGCCUUCAAUAGAGCUCCUAACUAUUCUACCAAUAAAUCCCCAUUUGAAAUCUGUUAUGGUGUGAAUCCACUGACUCCCAUUGAUUUAAUUCCAUUUUCGAUUGAACCAAAAGCAAGUAUUGAAGCUGAGGCCAAAGCCAAAGAAAUCAAGAAAAUUCACCAGUAA